CUCGCGCUCGGACCGACGGACGGACCGACGGGCGGCCGGGGCUCCGCGCGCUGGAAGAUGAACAGAGCAGAUUCCCCAAAGCCACCAGUUGCUCCCAAGCCAAGGACUGCCAGUCCCUUCACGCCAGUGACGGCGCCCAAAUUACCUUCGUCGCCCCGACCUGACGGUCUCCACAGCCCCAACUCCAUGUCCAGGGGGCCGAAGCCCCCCAUUGCCCCUAAGCCCAGGCUGGCUGCGCCCCACGAGUGGAGAGCCAGCGUGUACGUGAUCAACAGCCUGAACAAAUGCAGCAACGGGAAGCUGCUCUGCGUGGACCGGGGCCUUUACGACGAGCACCGGCCUGGCCCCGAGGGCCCCGAGCCCGCGGUGGAGGACUACAUCGUGGCUCCCCGGGCUCCGCUGGCGGAGGAGGACGGGCCUGGUGAUGGCUGCGGUGGGGAGAAGGCAGAGGAGCCUCCGGGGACCCCUGAGGAGGAGAAACAGCAGGAGCUGGGCGAAGAGUGCGACCCUGAGGGGACGGGAGCUGCUGAGGACUUGGAGGCCUCAGCUGAGGUGGCGCUGAGCACAGAGGGUGACGAAGGCGCCGCCCCUGCUCCCGAGGACCCGUGGGCCGAGGACGGUGCCGGGGACCCAGGGGCCGAGGAGCAGGUGUGCACAAGUGAGGAGGCGGAGAAGCCGCUGGAAGAACACAGCCUGGAGCCCGGGGACCCUUGGGCUGGCGAGACAGACUCCCAGGACCUCACUGGUGGUGGCGACGAGGCCCCCGAGACGGCCCUGGAGGCGGAGGAUGAUGGCGAGGACUCGGGCGCAGAACCAGGGGCGCCAGAGUGUGUGGAUUCCGACCACCCUGCCGAGGGGGCUUCUGAGGAUGCCAGUGAGGAGCCCCCGGAGCAGGAGGAAUUGGCCGCGGGGGUCCAGGAGUGGGGAGCGGCCACCGUCAGCCCUGAAGUCUUGGAGGAGGAGUGUGUGGACGGCACAGGCGGCCGCUGCCAGGACGAAGCACCAGAGCAGGAUGAGAAAACAGACGGAGAAGAAACGGCAGCCGUCACCCCCGAGGCGGGGGAAAACCCCCAGGAAGGCGGAGGUCCCGGGGAGGAAGAGCCUGCGGAGGAGAGCUGCCACAUCGUCCCUUUCGAGAGCGACGGCAUGGACGACUUCGUGACCGCGCUCUCGGCAAGCCCCUACCAGUUCUUCCCGACGGAGAGCACCUCGUUCUGCAGCGAAAGCUACUCUCCGUCGGCCGCGUCCGGGACGGGCUCAGCGCCGGAGCAGGAACCAGAGUCUGGGGACCGUGCGGAGCUGGACCCGGUGGCCUGGCCUCCGUGCAGCCAGGAGGGUCCCGGCAUCUCUGAUGUGGCGGCUGUGCCGGAGGAGGACGCCACGGACGACUCUCUCACCAGCCCCUACGAGAUGGGCCUCGAGUGUGGGGCGGCCCUGGGGGAAGCAGAGCGGCCUGAGCUGCAGGCGGCGUCCGAUGCCCUGAGCGGUCUUGGGGAGACGGCGAUCAGUGAGGCCGAGGGCGGCCUGCUGCCCCCGGAUGCGAAGAACAUCAGCAGCAGGGCCAGGCCCCACUCCGGGAAGCUGACUGGCUACGUCCCCGAAACUGUCCCGGAAGAAACCGGCCCAGAGGCAGGCUUGUCGGCUGCUGGCGUUGCGGCUGCCUCCGAGGAGGCCAGGAGGACGGCGUUGUCCUGGGAGGGGAAGCCGCUGGAGGCCGGCAGAGCCUUGCCCGCCAAGCCCCGGGCCUUCCCUUUGUACCCGCGGUCGUUCUCAGUGGAGGGCCGAGAGAUUCCGGUGUCCGUGUACCGCGAGCCGGAGGGGUCCGGCCUGGACGACCACAGGAUCAAGAGGAAAGAGGACAACCUCUCUCUGCCCUGCGUCAUCGGCUCCUCCGGGAGUUUCUCCCAGCGAAACCACCUCCCGUCCAGCGGCACCUCUACACCGUCUUCUGUGGUUGACAUCCCCCCGCCUUUCGACCUGGCCUGCAUCACCAAAAAGCCCAUCACGAAGAGCUCCCCCUCGCUCCUGAUCGAGAGCGACCCCCCAGACAAGCACCCCAAGAAGAAGAAGUCGUCUUUCAAGCGGUUCCUGGCGCUGACCUUCAAGAAGAAGUCGGAAAACAAAGUGCACGUGGAGGUGAACCUGUCUUCCUCCAGGUCCUCCUCGGAGUCCAGCUACCACGGGCCUGCCAGGCUCCUGGAGAUGGACCGGAGGAGCCUCAGCAACUCCCCGCAGCUUAAGACUCGCACCGGCAAGCUCCGGGCCUCCGAGUCCCCGUCCUCCCUCAUCUUCUACAGGGACGGCAAGCGCAAGGGCAUCCCCUUCAGCAGGACGGUGUCCAGAGUGGAGUCCUUCGAAGACCGCUCCCGGCCCCCCUUUCUGCCCUUGCCCCUGACCAAGCCACGCUCCAUCUCCUUCCCCAACGCCGACACGUCAGACUACGAGAACAUCCCCGCCAUGAACUCGGACUACGAAAACAUCCAGAUUCCGCCUCGGAGGCCUGGGAGGGCCGGCACGUUCACGAAGCUCUUUGAAGAUCAGAGCAGAGCCCUGUCCACCGCCAACGAGAACGACGGCUACGUGGACAUGAGCAGCUUCAAUGCCUUCGAGAGCAAGCAGCAGAGUGCAGAGCAGGACGCAGAAAGUGCCUACACAGAGCCCUACAAGGUCUGUCCCAUCUCAGCGGCAGCCACCAAGGAGGACCUCACAUCGGAUGAAGAGCAGGGGAGCUCGGAGGAGGAAGACAGCGCUCCAAGGGACCCCAGCCUCACUCCCAAGGUGGAAGGACACUCCCGAGCCCAUGUCAUCGCGCAGGAGCUGCUGUCCUCAGAGAAAGCAUACGUGGAGAUGCUCCAGCACUUACAUCUGGAUUUCCAUGGAGCUGUCACCCGGGCCUUGGAUGAGAUGGACCAAGAGGGCAAGGAUGGGUCGUCCAGGGAGGAGCUGAGGCGCGGCCUGAGUGAGCUCCCCGCCAUCCACGAGCUGCACCAGGGGCUCCUGGAGGAGCUGGAGGAGCGGCUGCUGCACUGGGAGGACCAGCAGAAGGUGGCCGACCUCUUCCUGGCCCGGGAGCAGGACUUUGACCACCAUGCGGCCCACAUCCUGCAGUUCGACAGGUGCCUGAGCCUGCUGGGGGAGAACUGCCUGCACUCUCCCCGGCUGGCAGCUGCCGUCCGCGAAUUUGAGCAGAGCCUGCCAGGAGGCGGCCAGAACUCGAAGCACCGGCUGCUGAGGGUGGUUCAGCGGCUCUUCCAGUACCAAGUACUCCUCACAGAUUAUUUAAAUAACCUUUGCCCGGACUCCGCUGAGUACGAGAACACACAGGGUGCACUGACCCUCAUCUCCAAAAUCACAGACCAUGCUAAUGACAGCAUGGAACAAGGGGAAAACCUGCAGAAGCUGGUCCACAUCGAGCACAGUGUUCGGGGCCAGGGGGACCUCCUCCAGCCAGGAAGGGAGUUUCUGAAGGAAGGGACUCUGAUGAAAGUAGCAGGGAGAAACAGACGCCCGCGGCACCUCUUCUUGAUGAGUGAUGUGCUCCUGUACACGUAUCCCCAGAAGGAUGGGAAGUAUCGGCUGAAGAGCACAUUGGCAGUGGCCAGCAUGAAGGUCAGCCGCCCCGUGAUGGACAAAGUGCCCUAUGCCCUGAAGAUCGAGACCCCCGAGGCCUGCCUGACCCUGUCCGCCAGCUCCUGUGCGGAGAGGGACGAGUGGCACGGCUGUCUGAGCAGGGCGCUCCCCGAGGACUACAAGGCCCAGGCGCUGGCCGCCUUCCACCACAGCGUGGAGAUACGAGAGAGACUGGGGGUCAGCCUAGGGGAGAGGCCCCCCACCCUGGUGCCCGUCACCCACGUCAUGAUGUGCAUGAACUGCGGCUGUGACUUCUCCCUCACCCUGAGGCGUCAUCACUGCCACGCCUGUGGCAAGAUCGUGUGCAGGAACUGCUCCCGAAACAAGUACCCUCUGAAGUACCUCAAGGACCGGAUGGCCAAGGUCUGUGACGGCUGCUAUGGCGAGCUGAAGAAGAGGGGCGGGGACGUCCCAGGCCUGAUGCGAGAGCGGCCAGUGAGCAUGAGCUUCCCCCUGUCCUCAGCCCGCUUCUCCAGCAGCGCCUUCUCGUCCGUCUUCCACAGCAUCCACCCCUCGACCUUCAGGAAGCAGAAGAAAGUCCCGUCGGCCCUGACUGAGGUGGCCGCCUCCGGCGAGGGCUCCGCCAUCAGCGGCUACCUGAGCCGCUGUAAGAAGGGCAGGAGGCCCUGGAAGAAGCUCUGGUUCGUCGUCAAAGGCAAAGUGCUGUACACCUACGCGGCCAGCGAGGACGCGGUGGCCCUGGAGAGCAUGCCCCUGCUGGGCUUCACCAUCGCACCGGAAAAGGAAGAGGGCAGCAGCGAAGCAGGGCCUGUUUUUCACCUUUUCCACAAGAAAACCCUAUUUUAUAGCUUCAGAGCAGAGGAUACCAGUGCAGCUCAGAGGUGGAUGGAGGCCAUGGAGGAUGCAAGCGUGUUAUAGCAGUCAGCAAGCGUGUGGGCUCGGAAUAAACUCUUAGGUUGAUACGUGGACCCUUCCAGAAGCCAGUCCGGUCUCCCCAGCAGGACCGCAUCUGGGUUCAGCACGGGGCCUGACCUUUCUCUGUAACCCCGUCGGUCACACCCUCACAAGUGGAACUUUGAAGAGAUAUUUAUGGACCAUUCCUCUGUCUUCGUGUUCCCCCACCCCGCGUCCCGCCCCCAGCAUAAACCAUUUCUUUAUCCAGAAGUGAGAAAAAAUUGAGCAACAUGAAGACAUGGAAACCAAUGGAAAAGUCUGUCUCAGAAACAAGGCUUGGUAGUAGAAGCUUUUACAGUUUUUACUCCUGGUGAGCAUCGUCGCCUUGCGUGUUGCUGAUUUCAGCGCCUCAGGUGAGACUAGAAACCACAGUAAGAACAGCUCCUCUCGCUGAAAGCACUUUAUUGUUUUACUGAGCGACAACCUCCGGUGUGAUGUUUCCCAGUGACUCACUCACGAGCAGAUCGAGACCUGUGGACCUGUUUGCCAGCAGCACUCAACAAGGGCAUGUGGAAAAGGGGUGCCAACAGGCAUGCUUCCUGGGGGCCAGGCCCUGGGUCAGAAGGGGGGACUUUCUCCUCCAGUGGAUCACGUGACUUAACAGAGGAGCCUCCCUCCACCCCAUGGGUCCCCAGCAGCACCCCAGCACUGUGAGCGCGACCAGGCGGCCUCUCCGCACCCUCCCAGGAGACGGGUCUGUUUCCAUUGAUGUGUGCCUUCCUGUGUUGACCCGCUCGCUCGAGCCAGCACCUUCGUGUGUGAGAACCUGUGCUCCUUUUCCACACGGUGACCCUUCCGCUGUGUGACUGAAGCCUUGAGAAAGUUACAAAGGGAAAAAGAUACAGUCGGAGGGGGAGCGCCGUGACCUUGGCCAAUGGCUCUGGACACAGUGAGGGAGCACAGAAGCUGCACCUGGAAGAUGCUCGCUGGGGGCCAGGGGCUCAGUCCUGCCCGCUUAUGGCUGCUCCUCGUGCUGGGCCUGUUUUACAUAAAGCAGAGGGCGGGCAGGUGGGAUCCCUUGUUACUCUCCUCCAAAUAAAAAAAAAAAAAAAAUCACAUCAUUUUCCGAUCUCUUGUCCCAGCCUGCUGCUGCAUUUACUGACAAACCUUUCAUAAAAAGCACUAUCUCAAGGAAUUACAUACCUUAAAUAUUUUCAGGGUUUUUCCCCCCUAGUUUGCAGUUCAUCUUCUAAAAUG